AGUGAUAGCCGUGGCAGAUACAAUGGAAGCUGGAGCCAAGACAGCACUGAAAGAGGCACAAGAAGUGAUGAGACAACUCCUCCUUUCUCCCCUACGCUCCUCUCUGUGAGCAGCCCCUCUUUUAAAGUGCCAGAGGGGCUGAUGUUCUUGCUGGGGUGAAGACUGGAGCAAAACUCCCACCAGCGCAAGACCUUAGGCAGUGGCCUAUUGGAAAUAAUGUCUGACCUGCAGCGUGUCAUUGCAUGGGACCCCAAAUACCUGGUGCUAGUGACACCCCUGGAGCUAGGUUACAGAAUGUUCAGCUGGAUUGAUAAAGUGAUUCCACAACCUCCAGAGACCCCCAAAAAGGCAUCUCAUGAUGGGCAAGACCCGAGCCCCACAACCCCUUCUUUGUCUGAGAAUGUGACCUGUCCACGGAAAGAACCCAUAAACCCCCAAGCUGAUUCCAAAGCACAGGCCACCAUUGCAAUGUCUGAUAAGAGUUCGGGGGGAGUUCUUGGCUGGCUUUCACAAGGCUUGGGGAAGGUUGUCCCUCAGCCAGUGGACAGUCCUGUUUUGGCAAGAGGAAACAAGGAAAUGACAGAGUCAGUGAUAGCUCAGAAGCCAAAGACAACAAGUGAAGCAGCAGAUAAAGUAGCAGAGAAUGGACCCACAGAACAGAGUGACAGCUCCUCCAUGGGUGUCCUGUCCUGGUUGUCACACGGCUUGGAGAAGGUUGUUCCUCAGCCAACAUGGAGCCCACAGACGAACAUUGGUGCUGGCUCUGAGCUUGGUGCAGUAACUGUGGAACCGCAAAAGCCACAACCAGAAAAGGUGGAAGAAGUGAUCGUUUCUCCAGCAUCUCCUAUUGUCAGUCCUGUACCACCACCCCUACCUGUCCCAGCUGAGGUACAACCAGUAGUCACCUUAGAAGCAGAGGCUGCAACAGUGGACAAAAUAUCUGAGCCAAGUGCUGGCACAGGAGUGUUAAACUGGCUCAUGCAAGGACUAGGAAAAGUGGUGCCACAACCGGAGAUGCCAGCUGUAGCCCCUAAAAAUGUAGAGGUGGAAAAGCAUAAAGAGGAGGAUGCGCUUCCAGCAGUGACCCAAAAGGACUCCAAGACUAGCGCUGACAGCACUAGGGUGCUGAGCUGGAUUACUCAAGGUCUGGAGAAGGUCAUUCCACAACCAGUAAUGAUAGCAAAACAGGACUCUCAGAAUGUAACAUUGUGUCAGGUGGAAAAAAUCUGUAUCCUGCCUCCAAAUACUGAGCAAGUACCCCUCUGUGAGGAGGAAACUGUGAGCACAGAACCCCUGUCAGACGGAGGCCCAGCAGAGCAGGUGCCUGAUGUAGUAGAGUUGUCAGAGGAGAGAAGCCUUGUCACUGACGAUAUAAAGUCCCACCUCCAAGAUGAGGCCGCGCCAGAUGUGAGCACAGAAGACGCUGGAACACAACCCGAGGUUCCUGCAUCCCUCUUAAGACCACAGGAACCAGAGGAUGGGAAAGGGGUGGAAAGAGAAGUCAUGGAGUCUGACAAUGAGAGACUUUCCUGGAUCUUGGAGGAAGAUGAAGAUGAAUCAGAGCUACAGAUGUCCUGCUAUCACAGUGACAGUGAGGAGGAGACCCAGGUGACGCAUCAGGUGACGGUGCAGGGUCCUCCAGAACAUCUGGACACGGCUAUUUUGAUGCCCACAGUGGUUGAAGAGGUGGCAAGCACUCAGUACAUGCAGGCUCUGGAACAAGCAGUUGGUAUUUUCUCAGCUGAAGAUUUGGAUAUGAUGUCCUUUAGCCGUCCUGCGGUCAGCAUUGAGGAUGUGGAUUCUGGCAGCAUCACAGAAGCUCUAGGACCAGAGGCACCUAUGAAACCCCCGGGGUCUCCCUACAAACAGAGGACUCUGACUGUUCCGGGAACUUCAUUGGCAACAAAGAGUAGGAAAAGGACGCCGUCUGAGGCGGAAAACAUGGAUGAUGCUUCAGAAGGUCUGGAGGAAGAAGAGGUUAUGGAGCGCUCUGCAUCUGCUGUCAGCCACAGUAGCGCUAUCAUCACAGAAAGGUUGCAGGAGCUGGUGCGCCUCUUCAAGGACAGGACAGAGCGAGUGAAGGAAAAACUCAUAGACCCUGAGAUGUCUUCUGAUGAGGAGAGUCCUACGUCAUCACCAUCCAAAAAAGCUGCUGCUCCACCACCUCCACCUCCUCCUCCACCUCCUCAGGAGAAAAAGCCAGAAGGCGAGGCUGCUGCUGUUGAGGAGCAUUACUGUGAGAUGCUGUGCUGCAAAUUCAAGACCCAACCUUGGCGCAAAUGUUUACAAAAGUACAAGUUCCCAGACAGCAUCGAUCCAUUGACCAACCUCAUGUAUGUCCUGUGGCUUUUCUUUGUGGUCAUGGCGUGGAACUGGAACUGCUGGUUGAUCCCUGUCCGCUGGGCCUUUCCUUAUCAGACACCAACAAACAUCCAUUAUUGGUUGUUUAUGGACUAUCUGUGUGACCUCAUCUAUCUGUUGGAUAUCGUUGUCUUCCAGGUCCGGCUACAGUUUGUGCGGGGUGGUGACAUCAUAACAGAUAAAAAGGAUAUGCGUGAAAACUAUAUCAAGACUGACCGGUUUAGGAUGGAUGUCAUCUCUCUCCUCCCUCUGGAUCUUCUCUACUUUAAAUUUGGAGUAAAGUCUAUCCUGCGCUUGCCACGUAUACUCAAGUACAUGGCUUUCUUUGAAUUUAACAACCGUCUGGAGGCAAUUCUGAGUAAAGCCUACAUCUACAGAGUCAUCCGCACCACAGCCUACCUCCUGUAUUGUCUGCAUAUGAAUGCAUGCCUAUAUUACUGGGCCUCCGAUUAUGAGGGGCUGAGGUCCACCAAAUGGGUGUAUGAUGGAGAGGGCAACAGCUACAUCCGCUGCUAUUACUGGGCCGUGAAGACUUUAAUCACCAUUGGAGGCCUCCCAGACCCACAAACACUUUUUGAGCUUUGGUUCCAGCUGCUGAAUUAUUUCAUGGGUGUUUUUGCCUUCUCUGUAAUGAUUGGUCAGAUGAGGGAUGUCGUGGGUGCAGCGACAGCGGGUCAAACAUAUUACCGCAGCUGUAUGGACAGCACCAUAAAGUAUAUGAACUGCUACAGGAUACCACGUUCUGUUCAAAAACGUGUGAAGAUGUGGUAUGAAUACACUUGGCAGUCCCAAGGCAUGCUGGAUGAGUCAGAGUUGAUGGUUCAACUACCUGAUAAGAUGAGGUUGGAUCUCGCCAUUGAUGUAAACUACAACAUUGUCAGCAAAGUGGUUCUCUUCCAGGGUUGUGACCGUCAGAUGAUUUAUGACAUGCUGAAGAGACUUCGCUCCGUAGUUUACCUGCCAGGAGACUAUGUGUGUAAGAAGGGAGAGAUUGGCCGUGAAAUGUACAUAAUAAAAGCUGGACAGGUGCAGGUUUUAGGUGGCCCAGAUGGACAGACAGUGCUUGUCAGCCUAAAAGCUGGGUCUGUGUUUGGAGAAAUCAGUUUGCUGGCAGUUGGUGGAGGCAACAGACGAACAGCAAAUGUAGUUGCUCAUGGAUUUACCAACUUGUUUAUCCUGGACAAGAAGGAUCUGAGUGACAUCCUUACUCACUACCCUGAGUCUCAGAAGGUUCUUAGAAGGAAAGCAAAAAAAAUGCUUAAAAACAGCAAUAAACAAAAAGAAGAAGGUCCACAGCAAAAGGGUUUCCAGCACAUUAUCCCUCCAAGGCCAGAGACCCCGAAGCUACUGAAAGCUGCUCUUGCAGCCACAGAGAGGAUGGGUUUUAAAGGACUGUCUAAAAUAAGACGCCAAUUAAAAGUGAAAAAAUCAGUUGAGCCCACAAGAAGCAGCCCUUUCCCACCUGGAUCUCCUGUGCACCGCCGAUCUCCAGUACCCGCCACUAAGCCAGAGGAGGAUGAACCAACGGAGAUUGUAGCAGAGUCUACAGACAACACAGUAUUUAUAAGGGUCAGCCCAUCUUCACGGGGGGAUGAGCAGAUCCUGUCUGUGGAGGUUACCGCGCCGGAAGAGGACAAUAAGUGAAAAGGGGUACCAAGUACAUUAGGCCUGGAGUACCUUGAGAAGAAAACAGAAGGACAGUCAGCUCAAGAUGACGAAAGCCUGGAACCUUCUUGUUUGCAGUUAGGACUUAUUGCUCUGUAGUCUCAAUAUGAGAAUUGUGGGCAGUUCCUUGUACAUGCAUCUUGACAUCCUGGUGGAUCCACAUGUGAAGGUGGUGCACAUGGUCCAUCUAUAUUAACAUGCAAGGUUAACCAUAGCCUGCUUUUUAGACCUUUUACCUUGAGUGGUUAGGGAUAUGGCCUGCACACACAAGCAGGGUGCGGCCCCCAGGUCUUGUCAUGCUUUCUUUUAGGAAACAGACCCCUCAGACCUGGGAGGAUGUAUUCCUGUCAGGUGCUGCCUGAUGCCACUGGACUGGGCUGAGGCCAAACUGGCUUCACCACAAAUAGACGUCUAGGCCACUAGAGUAACUGUAGACAGGUAAAAUAGAAUGGUCCUAAUAUGACUGUGGCAAACACUGUCGACCAGUGACCAGCAGUAAUCAUAAGAUAUGUCCAUCCUCAGUUGAAGGUUCAUGGACACAUCAUCCUCCUAUCGCUGAAGAGAGAUAAUUUCCUGUAGUACGGCUGCUUCCUCCAGGCACAGAAGAAGAGUUACACCUGCCAAGAGGGAACAGAUGGACAGAAUGACGGUGGCCCCUUGGAAUAUUGCUGCUAAUUAGCAGCGCAAACCACAAUGUCAACACAAUAUGUGCUGCCAUGUGGUUGGGGCAGAAGUGAUCACACCUCUCUAGAUCAGUCACUUGACAUACCGUAUAUACUCGAGUAUAGGCCGAGUUUUUCAGCACGAUUUUUCGUGCUGAAAACACCCCCCUCGGCUUAUACUCGAGUGAACUCCCCCACCCGCAGUGGUCUUCAACCUGCGGA